UGUAACAUGCAUUCGAGUUUGGGCGAGUAGUUAAGUGAUUAGGGUCGGAGUUGUUAGGACCUGAUUUGGGUCGUACUGUAGUUAAAACUAAAAUAGAUUACGUUGCGACUUUAUUAAAGAGAGUGAAAUCCAAUAUAGCUCUAGUCAUAGCAGAGAAUUCGAAGGCAGCAGGUUCAGUACGGGUGAAAUGAAAGCUACCUCGGAACCUGCGCAAGUGGAGUAUCGGGAGCGCCGCCGGUGUCCAAACUGAUGAGUCUGGUAGAAUUCUGCCGAACAAAGCCGGUGGCAGAAGCUAGGACUGAAUGACUGGGUGAAGCCUUGAAGUAGUAGUACGAUCAACCAACAUGUUCAGGUCUUUCUUUCCAUUGAAAAAACUGAGACGGAGUGGGAAAUAUCUGCUGUUCUUAGCUCUGCUGAUGUUGGGAGCCUUCGCUUUUUACCACGAGUUCGUUACUACAAAUAAUACGCGGAGGAGCAACAAUAACACAGGUUUCCGUUUAGCAUCUGAGAGUAAACCUGGGAAAAGACCUGCCCAAGAGAGAGUGGUUGGAGGUGAUGAGGGGGGCGGGUUCGAAGUCUGGCGUUCCAGCUUUACCCCUCAGCUUUGGAGGCCAGAGUAUAAAGGAAAGGCUAAUCUCCAUGUCUUUGAGGACUGGUGCGGCAGCUCUACAGCUCAGCUCCGCCAGAACCUCCAUUACCCACUCUACCCACACUCUAGAACCACAGUAAAGAAGCUGGCUGUUUCUCCCAGAUGGACAAACUAUGGCCUCAGGAUCUUUGGCUACCUUCACCCCUACACCAACGGUGAAUUUGUGUUCGCUGUGAGUUCUGAUGAUAACUCUGAAUUCUGGCUGAGCUGGGAUGAGUCUCCGCUCAACCUGCAGCUAUUGGCCUGGAUCGGCAAGACUGGCAUGGAGUGGACGGCUCCUGGUGAGUUUGAGAAGUACGCUAGUCAGACUUCCAGACCAGUUAGGUUGUUGGUACAGAGGAAGUACUUCUUUGAGAUUGUCCACAAACAAAACGACAGAGGGACAGACCAUGUAGAGGUGGCUUGGCAGCUGAACCAAGAAGGUCAAAGGUUUACAGUCAUCGGUUCCAAGUACAUCUCCCUCUACGCAAAUGAGUCUAGUCUGAGGAUGGAUGAUGUCAUUCACAUACCUCAAACCAUCGCCAGUCACACCCUCUUGCCUAGCAACCAGCCUGACGAGCAGCCUGUCGCCGACAUGCUAAGAGAUGACCCACGAGACACGCUCUACCAGGUCCCUCCCCUAGAGAGUAAAUAUCUAGAAGGUGUGUUACCUGAUUGCUCCUAUAAACCCAGCUACGUCAUCAAAGGUUUCCCCCUACUACGAUACCAAGGCCUGCAGUUUAUCCACAUGUCCUACAUCUACCCCAAUGACUACACACGGCUCACACACAUGGAGACACACAACACAUGUUUCUACCACGACAGUCCUAUGUACCUGGGAAGGUACAUGAGACUGGAUGAGCCAGAGGGGCCAAAGGGAGAGCACAUAACUAGAGAUGUUGGCAUCUUGAGGAGAAACACGGUCCCAGGGAGCGAGGCCCUUCCAAAUGUAGCCGGGGCUAGUGAGAAAGACCACACUCCUGACUAUGGAGACGACUUUGAUGAUUACACCCAGAGACGACGACGCAAACUCUUCUCCUUGCCACAGGCCGACGCAGCACGCACACCUAGAAGCACAUCUGAUACUCACAUAUACCGCAAAAGGAGGAAGAGGAGGAGGAGGAGAGGGACAAAGACUUCUGCUGUAGUCAAGCAGCCAGCUGUAGUCCAAACCAAACCAAAAGAACUGGACCCUGGUCCUUGGUCACAAAGACAUUUGAACAAUACAUCAACAGAACAGCUGAGAUCAGCGACUAGACCAGCUGAACAGCACAGACCAACAAAAAUGGAAAGGUCCAGAGCAGGGGAACAUAAACAAGGAUGGAAAUCAGUAGACAAAUUAGUGUUGAGACCAGCAGCCCCUGAACAAACCAGAGACAGACAAGCAAAACAGAACUCGGCUGAUUCAAAUAUUCUACCUGCACUACAAAAAUCUAAACAAAACAUAGACAAAGAUAUACCAGAACAUCCACUAAUAAGACAAGGCAGAGCAGCAGCGAGAGACAAACCAGCAGAGACCAGGAAGAGAGGCCAGGACCUAGAGGCCGAUAUCUUAUUUCAAGCACACACGCAGAUGAAGUCACAUCAGCAACCUGAAGAUGACGAAACAUUGCAAAGUGUUAGUGUGGUCCCAGAGAUGAACCAUCUGGUUGAAGGGAUUGACAGAGGGGAAGGGGAUGAAAGAGAGUGGGAGAGAGAGGGUGAGGGGAAGUCUUUAUGGGGCCUGGGGCGUGAUUCUGAAGAGGAGCAGGCUUAUGAUUCCACCUUCCCACCUGUGUUUGAUCCUGAGGUGAACUGGGCACAGACAUUCCAGUUGACCCCUGUCAACCUACAGGCAAUGCGUUCUGAUUGGAUAGACCUCCGCUGUAAUGUGUCUGGUAACCUGAUGCUCCGUGCUAGUGACGCACUGCCUGUUGUCAAGGCUUUCAUGGACAAACUAAACACCAAACACCAUGGGCGUUUUUCCCUUGUGCGUGUGUUAAACAUUGAGAGGAGGGUGGAUGGGGCUCAGGGCAGCAGGUACUUCCUGGAGCUGGAGCUGAGAGACAUAAAUGGCCAACACCUACGCCUGUCAAAAUACAUCUACGCUCUGAUUCGCCACAACCGUUCCCGGGGACUCCAGCCUCUUAUUCAUGAAAAGUUGCUAUGUAACCCUGUAGGCUUUCAGUGGAACCCAACUGCUACAGUACACUUCAUAGUCCCAGUGAAGAACCAGGCCCGGUGGGUGCAGCAGCUGAUCGUUGACAUGGAGGGUCUGUACCACAGCACUGGAGACCCCAACUUCAACCUCAUCAUUACUGACUACAACAGCACUGACAUGGACAUCGAGACAGCACUGAAGGCAUCCAAACUGCAUAGAUUUCAGUACUUGAAGCUGAGUGGGAACUUUGAGCGUUCUGCUGGUCUGCAGGCUGGCAUUGACCUCAUAACUGAUGAGCACAGUAUAGUGUUCCUUUGUGACCUCCACAUCCACUUCCCCCCCUCCAUCAUCGACUCCGUCAGGAAACACUGUGUGGAGGGAUACAUGGCCUUUGCCCCUGUUGUCAUGAGACUUGACUGCGGGGCUACGCCCAGGGACCCCAGAGGUUACUGGGAGGUGAAUGGGUUUGGUCUGCUGGGGAUCUAUAAGUCUGACCUGGAGGCAGCUGGAGGCAUGAAUACACAGGACUUCACUGAUCGCUGGGGUGGCGAGGACUGGGAGCUGCUGGACAGGGUUCUGCAGUCAGGUCUGGAGGUGGAGCGUAUCUACCUGAGGAACUUUCUGCAUCGCUACCACUCUAAACGUGGUAUGUGGAACCGACGCACCCAGCACAGUGGUACGUAACCUGCUAACACGUACCCGCGGCAGCGCGCAAUGAAGCCAAGGACACCGACACACUUCUAACAUCUCCACCGCCUACAUCAGCUAUCUACUACUGUUGAUGAGAGGGCAGGACAAAAGAGAUUCCUGAUGACGUCGGGCUGGGGAGGGUCAUUUAACACUGGACACACUGCUGACUGUCCUUGAAGAACACACUACCACCAUCGCACCAGUACUGAAAUCUGGUCAGCUAUACUGCUGUUUGGCCAUAAGACACUGUGGUACAGACCUCAAGAACUGGACUUGAAUAAUAAAAGGGGAAAAUGCUACUAAUUACUGAAUUCAAUUGUGAUACUACUGAGUACUGAAACACAAUACUUUUUAGUCCUGAAAUAUGAUACUACUGAGUAUUGAAAAAGAAUACUACUGAGUAAUGAAACAUGGUACCUCUGAGUGCCAUGUUUGAUUUAGUGAUAGAAUAUGACUCUGAAUGUAUUCAGAAUGUAUACUACCGUUCAAACGUUUGGAGUCACUUAGAAAUGUCCCGUUUCUGAAAUUAAAGCAUUUUCUUGGUCCAUUAAAAUAACGUUAAAUUGAUCAGAAAUACAGUGUAUACAUUGUUAAUGUUCUUAAUGACUGUUGUAGCUGGAAACGGCAGACUUUUUAUGGAAUAUUUACAUAGGCCGUAGAGAGGCCCAUUAUCAGCAACCAUCAGUGCUGUGUUUCACUGGUACAUUGUGUUUGAUAAUCCAAGUUUAUAAUUUUUAAAAGGCGAAUCGAUCAUUAGAAAACCCUUCUUCAAUGAUGUUAUGUUACUACUGGCCUACUGGCCUUCUUUAGACGAGUUGAGUAUGGAUCAUCAGCCAUUGUGGGUUUGAUUACAGGCUCAAAAUGGCCAAAAACUAAAACUGUCUUCUGAAACUCAUCAGUCUAUUCUUGUUCUGAGAAAUAAGGGCUCUUUCAUGUGAGAAAUUACCAAGAAACUCCAAAUCUUGUGUACAAAUCCUUUCACAGAACAGUGCAAACUGUCUCUAACCAGAAUAGAAAGUGGAGUAAGUUAGGGUUAAGAUCACAAAGAAGAACAUUCGUGAGACGCAGACCAAAUGUAAAGAUGAUGGAGGACUGUUUGUUGUCAUCUGUCAUUCAUGGUGGAGUCAAUGUGAUGGUCUGGGGGUGCUUUGGUGGUGGUGAUGUAGGAUAUUUGUAUAGGGUAAAAGGGAUCUUGAAGAAGGAAGGCUAUCACUCCAUUUUGAAACACCAUGCUUUACCCUGUGGACAGUGCUUGAUAGGAGCCAAUUUCCUAUUACAACAGGACAAAGCACAGCAAGAACUAGGGUAGAAGCAGUCAGCUGGUAUUGUCUAUAAUGGAAUGGCCAGCACAGUCAUUCGAUCUCAAAUCUGUUGAGCUGUUGUGGGAGCAGCUUGACUGUAUGGUAUAUUUGUGUUCAAAUUUUGCAUAUUGUUUAUUGCCCCCUUUAGCAUCAAUGACAGAGUGCAGUCUUUUGUAAUGGUUGACUGUGAGACCCCAAAUU